GAAUAACUACUGCGGAGAGAAAAAUCCCUAAAGAAGAGAACGAGUCGUUAAAGGACGCUGGUUUGUAAAUUAACGGCCAGGCCAGUCCAGUCCUGCUACUGAAGGAGAAGGAGUAACGUUAUUGUUCUCUCCUUUUGAAAAAUGAUCUAUAGUGAAACAUAAAUAUAAAAAAAAGCCAUUAGUUUAAUAAAACAAAAGCGUUCGAUACAAAUUUCUAAAUAAUAUAAAUCACAGUUAGGAUCUUAAAUAAAUUCAAAAACUAAUUUAUGUCAGGUGUGGGUGUUUUGAAAACUCUUUGUUUUUUUUUUCACUCUGAGAUUACAUUUGCAGGAGAUAUCAGUCCAAUGCACUGAGUAGUGAUAAUAUAAUCAUAGUGUAAAAAGAUCUUUUUGUUUCAUAACAUUAUAAGAAUGAGGACUUUGAUAUGGCCUUGAAUAAAAUAAUGAUAUUGCCCUUCUUUUAAAUUGAAAGCAAGUUCAGCGAAGAGGUGUACGUAGAAGAUAUUGUUUGCAGCGAAGAAAACAUAUAACGGAUAUAAUGUUCAGUACUACUACCAAACCAGUCAAGUUAGCACACAAAAGUUUUGAACCUACUCUUGGAAUAAAACACGAUGUUCCAAUUUUAUUUUUGCAUGGAAUAACAGCAUCUAAGGAGCAUUGGUUCGAAAUACCCCAAAUUGUUGCCGAUGCGACAAGCAGAAAAGUUUAUGCAGUGGAUGCUAGAGACCACGGUGACAGUGAAUGGAGUGAUGAUUUUAGUUUUGAUGCAAACAUUAUCGAUACUUUACAUUUCAUCGAUGAAAUCAAAGCUGAAAAAGUUAUUCUUGUGGGUCACAGUAUGGGAGGAGUGACUAGCAUUAAGUCAGCUUUAAGAGCCCCUGAUAAAAUAGAAAAAAUUAUUGUAGAAGACAUGGGUGUGAAGAGACCAUCAAACAAUAGACUAAAAAUUAUAAAGAUGUAUCAGCAGCUUGCGCAAGAAGCUGUAAAGGUAGUUCCUCCUGGUAUAUCAGAGAAAGAUGCAAAAAAGAUCAUCGCGGAUUUCAUAUACAACGCUGUUCCUGAAGCACUGAAACCUUUUGCUAUUAGUAAAGAAAAAGAUCCCAGACUUAAUUUGAAACAAAACCCAGACGGUAGUUGGAAUUACAAGACAAAUCUCAAGGCUUUAGAAAAUGCUUUGAGUAAAGGUAAUGCCAUAUCUGAAGAGCCAAAAGGAGUUUACACAGGACCAGCCUACUUUAUUUAUGGGAAAGAAUCACCAAUUAAAGUAGGAGAAGACGAGAAAACCAUUAAAAGUUUUUUUCCAAAUGCUGUCUUCGUAGGUAUUGAAAAUGCCUCUCACAGCGUUCAUACAGAUGCUCCACUUCCAUUUACCGAGGCUUUGCUAAAGUUUCUAAAAGAAUGAUCUUCAGCCAUAGAAUCAUUAAAAUUAUCUUCUUAAAAAUAAUAUGUUUGAUUUGCAUGUAAUUCAUUCAAUUUAAAUGUAUGAGCAGUUCAAAUGAAAGUGAAAACGUGUGAUGGCAUCAGACAUAUUUUGACCACAGACUUCGAAUAACUGACUAGCCAGUUCCAGUGAGAGCAUUUAAAGUGAAUGUAAAAUAUAAUAAAAAGGAAGCGCCUAGAACAGAAUGUUCUAGACGCUAUUAUGUUCUUAAGCAAUCAUGAACAUAACAGCAAUUCAGCAAUUAUGUAUGAACAUAACAGCAAUUCAGCAAAUUUUCGACAAAAAGCUAAUAAUUUUUCCAGGCAAUUUUUAUUUCACUAGAUUUAAACACUGCGGACGUUAAUAUGGGAGCUGAGCAGUUAGUUUUUCGAUU